AGUUUUCGCGCGUCCGCGUCGUUUGGAGCCGCGACGCUAAACAUGGCGCGUUCCUAAAAGCCUCUUUCGGCAUCAGUAGGCGGCGGCGUGAGGACUGGCAGCGUGGGGCGCGGGACCAACCGACGCCACUUCGUGUUGGGAAGUGGGAGCGGGAGGGCCGGCCAAUUCCCGACCGAACCAAGCGGUUUCCAUGGAUCUCAAUAGUGCCAGCACUGUUGUUCUUCAGGUCUUAACACAGGCCACCAGUCAGGAUACUGCUGUGUUAAAACCAGCUGAGGAACAGUUGAAGCAGUGGGAGACACAGCCAGGUUUCUAUUCAGUGUUGCUGAAUAUUUUUACAAACCACACUUUGGAUAUAAAUGUAAGGUGGCUUGCUGUACUGUAUUUUAAACAUGGAAUUGAUCGCUACUGGAGACGUGUAGCACCUCACGCUCUCUCAGAGGAGGAGAAAACUACUCUGCGUGCAGGGCUCAUCACCAACUUCAAUGAACCAAUAAACCAGAUUGCAACUCAGAUUGCAGUGCUGAUUGCAAAAGUUGCUAGAUUGGAUUGUCCCAGACAGUGGCCUGAACUAAUUCCCACUCUUAUAGAGUCUGUUAAAGUCCAGGAUGAUCUUCGACAGCACAGAGCAUUACUUACCUUCUAUCAUGUUACCAAGACACUGGCAUCUAAACGACUUGCUGCUGAUAGAAAACUAUUUUAUGAUUUAGCUUCUGGAAUUUAUAAUUUUGCCUGCUCUCUGUGGAAUCACCACACAGACACAUUCCUGCAACAAGUUUCUUCUGGCAAUGAAGCUGCAAUUCUGAGUUCACUAGAACGAACUCUGCUAUCAUUGAAAGUGCUGCGUAAGUUAACUGUUAAUGGAUUUGUGGAACCUCAUAAGAAUAUGGAGGUGAUGGGUUUUUUACAUGGAAUAUUUGAACGUCUAAAACAGUUUCUGGAAUGCAGUAGAAGUAUAGGUACAGAUAAUGUGUGUAGAGAUAGACUGGAAAAGACCAUCAUUCUUUUUACUAAAGUGCUUUUGGACUUCUUGGAUCAGCAUCCCUUUUCAUUUACUCCUCUAAUUCAGAGAUCACUGGAAUUUUCUGUAAGCUAUGUUUUUACAGAAGUUGGUGAAGGCGUUACAUUUGAACGAUUCAUUGUCCAAUGUAUGAAUCUUAUUAAGAUGAUUGUCAAAAAUUAUGCUUAUAAGCCAUCCAAAAAUUUUGAAGAUAGCAGCCCUGAAACUCUUGAAGCCCAUAAGAUUAAGAUGGCAUUCUUCACAUAUCCUACUUUGACAGAGAUAUGUAGAAGAUUAGUCUCUCAUUAUUUUCUGUUAACUGAAGAAGAACUGACAAUGUGGGAAGAAGACCCAGAAGGCUUUACAGUGGAAGAAACAGGAGGAGAUUCUUGGAAAUAUAGUUUGAGGCCAUGCACCGAAGUAUUAUUUAUAGAUAUAUUCCAUGAAUAUAAUCAGACUCUUACUCCUGUACUUCUAGAAAUGAUGCAAACACUUCAAGGACCCACAAAUGUGGAAGAUAUGAAUGCACUGUUAAUCAAAGAUGCUGUGUAUAAUGCUGUUGGAUUAGCUGCUUAUGAGCUCUUUGACAGUGUUGAUUUUGAUCAGUGGUUUAAAAACCAGCUUCUUCCAGAAUUACAAGUCAUUCACAAUAGGUAUAAGCCAUUGCGACGCAGGGUGAUUUGGCUCAUCGGUCAGUGGAUUUCUGUGAAAUUCAAGUCUGACUUAAGACCCAUGCUUUAUGAAGCAAUCUGUAACUUGCUUCAAGAUCAAGAUUUAGUGGUCCGUAUUGAAACAGCUACAACUUUGAAGUUAACUGUUGAUGAUUUUGAAUUUAGAACAGAUCAGUUUCUACCGUAUUUGGAAACCAUGUUCACACUACUUUUUCAGUUACUGCAGCAAGUUACAGAAUGUGACACAAAGAUGCACGUUUUGCAUGUCCUUUCUUGUGUGAUUGAAAGAGUCAACAUGCAGAUACGACCAUAUGUGGGAUGUUUGGUACAAUAUUUGCCCCUCCUUUGGAAGCAGAGUGAAGAACACAAUAUGUUGAGAUGUGCUAUUUUGACAACACUUAUUCAUCUUGUUCAGGGAUUAGGAGCAGACAGCAAGAACCUGUACCCUUUCCUGCUCCCAGUUAUUCAACUGAGUACAGAUGUUUCCCAGCCUCCACAUGUUUAUCUUCUGGAAGAUGGUUUAGAAUUAUGGUUAGUAACUUUGGAAAACAGUCCAUGUAUUACACCAGAGUUGCUUCGUAUAUUUCAGAAUAUGUCACCACUUCUUGAACUAAGUUCAGAAAAUCUUAGAACUUGCUUUAAGAUCAUCAAUGGUUAUAUCUUUUUAUCAUCAACAGAAUUUUUACAGACAUACGCAGUAGGUCUAUGCCAGUCCUUUUGUGAACUUUUAAAGGAAAUUACUACAGAAGGUCAAGUUCAGGUGCUCAAGGUUGUGGAAAAUGCCCUUAAAGUGAACCCAAUAUUAGGUCCGCAAAUGUUUCAACCGAUUUUACCCUACAUUUUCAAGGGUAUUAUAGAAGGGGAGAGGUAUCCUGUAGUGAUGUCCACGUAUCUUGGAGUUAUGGGUCGAGUUCUACUACAAAACACUAGUUUUUUUUCUUCACUACUUAAUGAGAUGGCCCAUAAAUUUAAUCAGGAGAUGGACCAGCUUUUGGGAAAUAUGAUUGAAAUGUGGGUUGAUCGAAUGGACAACAUUACCCAGCCUGAAAGAAGAAAACUUUCAGCUUUGGCUUUGCUCUCUCUUUUGCCAUCCGAUAAUAGUGUUAUCCAAGAUAAAUUCUGUGGGAUUAUAAACAUUUCAGUGGAAGGCCUGCAUGAUGUCAUGACGGAAGAUCCUGAAACAGGAACUUAUAAAGACUGUAUGUUGAUGUCUCAUCUUGAGGAACCAAAAGUAACAGAAGAUGAAGAACCACCCACAGAACAAGAUAAGAGGAAAAAGAUGCUGGCCCUGAAGGACCCUGUUCAUACAGUGUCACUGAAGCAGUUCAUCUACGAGAAGCUCAAGGCACAGCAGGAGAUGCUAGGAGAACAAGGUUUCCAGUCCCUCAUGGAAACAGUGGACACGGAGAUUGUCACCCAGCUACAGGAGUUUUUGCAAGGAUUCUAAGAGCACAUGACAUGUGGCUGCCUCCCCUUCAGAAACAAGCCGAGUAACCCAGCCUGCUGUUUGUAUGUGAGAGCCUGCUGAGAUGAAGAAAUCACUUCAUGAAAAUAAGCAAAGACCACACAUUUUUUACUACAAAAUGUAAAGGAUAAAUGUAAAUCCUGCAUAACUAAAAUCACAAACCUAUUCCUCAAAAGAAUUUAAUUUUAUAUUUAUGAGGGGGCCCUUCACUAAAAAGUACAUGUAAAAGUACAUUUGAUGACAAUAGCUGCUUAGUUUCCUGUUAAGAGAAGAACCUUUAUCUUUCAAUUAUGUGCUCUUAAUAUUUGAAGAUGAGAGUUAAUACCCGAGAUGUUUUUCUGCAACCAAAAUUCGUUAAAUUUGGCUGCCUUAUCCUUUUUUUAAGCUAAUGAAACUGCAGGUUUGAAAAAUGACAAAGCUGUUCAGAUGAUGCUAUUAAAGAAAUGUGUGUACUAAGCAAAAAUAUAUAAAUAGUGACAAAUACACAUUAUCAAGCUUAUCUUGCAAGGGAGUUAUUUUCAUCUAACAUAGAAAGUGUGUUUUAUCAGACAAAUGCUUUUAUUUUCAUUCUAAUAAUUUGAUACAGAAAUUAGUAAAGGCAUUUUUUCUUUUUUUUUUUCCAGUAAAUACAUUGGGUCUAUAAAUGUACAUUUGUAAGGCCCACAAAAGUGAACGUGUGGUACUGCAGUACCAUGUAGGAGACCUCUGGUUAUGGUUUAGUCCUAGUUCCUUUGUUACUCCUGUGAGCACCGAGAAGAACUGGGCGACUCCCAGUCCCACCUGUGCUGUGACAGUCCCACGUGGCUAUGACAGACUGUUUAGUACUUACCUUUCUCAGGUUCCUCAGUGCAGGGGUGCAUCAGGGCCUCAAUAAUAGGGGUAUACCUGGGAGGAUCCAGCAGUAAUCCCCAGGGUACUAGGAUUACUAGUACUCUGAUGGAACUAGUCUUCCUUCCUUAUUCCUCCAACAUGCAGUACAUAAAAAGGGGAAAAGGAGAAAAAAAAAGCCUUACUUUGUUUUACUUGCCAUUUAUUGUAAGGAAACUUUAAAGCAUUUUUUAGGAAAUACUCAAAAGCAAGGUUGGAAAAUGUUUUAUCUUUCUAUAGAAAGUUGGGUACAGUAUGUAACUGCGGGAAACCCACUGCCCCUUUGUAAGCUGUGGAACCCAAAAUGUAUGGGGAUAUUUGAUGUUUUCAGAAAGAGGAAGAAAAUAUGGUCCAAAUUAAAUUUUCCAAAGAUACCUCACCUUGGACUGAUUUGUCUGACUACUUUUCUUGCUCCUCCCAACAAAAUGAGUUCUUAAAAAUUGCCCAGUGACUUAUAGAGAAUUUUCUUUUAUAAUCUAGCUUUGAUUCUGUGCUAGUAGGUAUCAGUAUUGCAGGUGGCAAAUCCUAGUUACCCUUUUAAUUUAUCUUCAUUUAAAGACAAAAAGCUCCUUUCAAGUGAUAUUUAUCAGUUUUACUCAGUCCUCAAGACUGAUCCAAGAAUUUCUUUUUGUUGACUUAAUUAUUUUCAUUUGAAACACUAACCCAUUAGUGUUAUCAGAAUUCUCAAACAUGUUCAUUUUUCAGUUAUAGUAAAGUACUCAUCCUUCUAAUUCCUGACAGAUUUCAUUAUAGUGCCAUAGAAAAUAUUACUGAAAUAGCUACCUUGCAAAAGAAGUAAAAAGCUUAUCUCAGGGAAAGAGUUUGCUUCAUUUUUAAAACUCGUAAGUUUAAAUAGGCUUGGUAAAUAGCUCAGAAAAUAAUUUAUGUAUCUUGAAUUUUUAAGCGCUCAAUUAAGACAUGAAGUGUAAUUAUUGGUUUACAGAAUUCUAUUCAUUAACAGAACUAUAUAGCAAAUAUAUUAAGUUUAGGACAAACAACUCAGCCAGGCCUCUGGCCUCUGUGGCUCCUGAAGCCAGGUUAUGAUCAUUUAUACUCCAAAAACAUAUUCCUUUUCUAUUUGUUUUCUAUUCCAGAGACUUCUCCCAACCCUCUCACAAAGGCCCAUGUGACUAACAGUAACAUUAGAAAGUUUCCUUAUAAGUUGGUCCCUCCUCUCUCUCCUACUAGUCAUUUUAGAGAAUCCACAUUAUUGCAUACAAUUUUUAAAAAGAUACAAUUUUUCUUGAAAAAUCCUCGCUUUAAUCUUUAUUUUACCCAUUUCUUUAUUCAGUUAGUAUUUAUUGAGUUACUGUUUCAUGCCAUAAUGCUGUGCCACAUUCUGAGAUUAGAACAGAGUACCCACCUUCGUGAAAUUUCACAGUUGAUUAGGAACACAGACUUGCCGACAUGCUAUAAGAAAAUAGGGGUUCUGAUGGAAGUGCACAUUCUAAAGCAGUUGGCCUGCAGGGGAAGGAGAUUGUGUAUGAAAUAAAAUGAUGCUGUCACUGUAUAAUUUGAUAGUUAUUUAAAAACUGCUCCCUAAUGGCAUGGUUUGGUGAGGCUACAUAAGCAUCAGUGGCACUAUACUGGAACUGGGCAACUCCCUGACUCCAGACUCACAUCAAUUUGGAGUCACUCUAACGUAUGAAGUCAUCAGGUUUUGAAAAUACUGGACAUUUGUAGCCUCACGACUAAUCUCUAAUUCCAUGAAUUAAAACAUAAGGCUCAUCUA